UUACACCAAAAUCUCCAAUAAGGUGGCACCACAAAUCCCUCCACGUUAUCACCAAUCCCACCCUCCAUCCCCUCCUCUUCCUCGGUCUUUGUGUUAAAGCUUCCAAAAGUCUUCCCCUUCACCAAAUCCCUUCUUCUGACUACUCCCUCCGAUGCUCCAAGCUCCGGUUUUUUUCAGUAUCAUGAAAUCCAAUUAAAUGUGCUCCCGGAGGGAGAUAAAAUAAUGGCUUUUCACGACCAUAUGGCGCAUGAAAUCACUUUUCAGCCCUUCACGGAGGACCACCAGCAGAUGGGCCAGGGCAGAGACAUGCAGCGGCUGCUCCCGCUCUCCGCCGGAGCACCCACGUGGCUGAACGGCAGCAACGCGGUUACGCUUCGGCAGCAGAAUUUCCUCCACCUGCAGCCGGAGUCUGCGACGGCGCAUCCUAACGAUGACGUUCGGGGGAGCAUAGAUCGGAACCGGACGGAGAGCAACUCGGAACCGGACGAUUUGGCGGAAUACAAAGCGGACAUUCUGGGACACCCGCUUUACGACCAACUCCUGUCGGCUCACGUCUCGUGUCUGAGGAUCGCCACGCCUGUUGACCAGCUUCCACGGAUCGACGCACAGCUUCAGCAGUCGCAGCGCGUAGUUGACAAGUACUCUGGCCUUGGAAACGGCGUCGUCGAUGACAAAGAGCUUGAUCAAUUCAUGACGCAUUAUGUUAUACUGCUCUGUGCUUUCAAAGAACAACUGCAACAACAUGUUCGUGUUCAUGCCAUGGAAGCUGUUAUGGCUUGUUGGGAGCUGGAACAAUCUCUUCAAACCUUGACUGGUGUAUCUCCCGGAGAAGGAACGGGUGCAACAAUGUCAGACGAUGAAGAAGACCAGGCUGAGAGUAAUGCAAACUUAUACGAAGGAAGCAUGGAUGGUGCUGACAGUCUCAGCUUUGGACCUCUUGUUCCCACCGAAACUGAAAGAUCUUUGAUGGAACGUGUUAGGCAGGAGUUGAAGCAUGAGCUAAAACAGGGUUACAAGGAGAAGAUUGUGGACAUAAGAGAAGAAAUUCUACGAAAGAGAAGAGCGGGAAAGCUCCCAGGUGACACCACUUCCCUUUUAAAAGCUUGGUGGCAGUCACAUUCCAAAUGGCCAUAUCCAACAGAAGAAGACAAGGCAAGGUUGGUGCAGGAAACAGGUUUGCAACUAAAGCAGAUAAACAACUGGUUCAUAAAUCAAAGGAAAAGGAAUUGGCAUACUAAUCCUUCGUCUUCUAGUGGCUCCAAAAGCAAACGCAAGAGUAGUGGUGCAGGUGAAACAAGUAACCAGAGCUUCAUGUGAAUGGACACCGAAAACAACAGAUGGGAGCUUACAGGGAAAAACAUGAAACUGAAAUGUUUGGUUCAAUUACAGAAAAACCUAGUACUGUUGUAUAUGAGGCUGCUGAGUUGAUACCUGAUAUUUAUUGUUGCUGGCAUCAUCUAUUGGGUUCAAUGGGUAUCUUUGAAUGCAUGCUGAUACGUAUUUGUAAUGGAUUUACCUCACUUCAGAGUUCUUUUCUUUUUUUUUUACUUUUUAAUAAAAAGCUAAAAAUUCUUGAAUAUCCUGUUAA